AUUUGACGGAAAGUCCUUACCUUGAUUAUUCCCAGUCAGGAUGGGGAAAACUCUGGAAGCUCCACAUGCCACAUUCCUGAGCAUAGGUAGAUUGCACAAUCUGGGGAAAGCCGAACUGUGUCAAAAGAAAUCUUUAUAUUCUGAAAGAUAAGUAUGGCCAAGUAGGAUUAUGCAAGAUCAAACAGGGGAUUUCCUCACUAGUCAAAGGACAGUAUAUAUAGGUAGCCCCGGCCACAUCUCCUCAGCCAGUAACACAAGCGGCUCACCCGAGGUCUCAGCAGGAACUGACAGCCCCAGCAGGAUGAAGCCUUCCAUUGCCAUCGUUUUGUGUCUCUUGGUCCUGGGAGUUGACAGCCAAAGAUGGUUAGAGUUCAUCAAAGAAGCUGGUCAAGGAACUAGAGACGUGUGGUGAGCUUACUCUGACAUGAGAGAGGCCAACUGGAAAGACGCAGACAAAUACUUCCAUGCUAGAGGGAACUAUGAUGCUGCCCAAAGGGGACCAGGAGGAGCCUGGGCUGCUAAAGUGAUCAGUGACGCCAGAGAGGGCAUUCAGAGGUUCACGGGACGUGGAGCAGCAGACUCAAGCUUUGACCAGUUUGCCAACAUAUGGGGCCGGAGUGGUAGAGACCCCAACCACUUCCGACCUGUUGGCCUGCCUAGUAAAUACUGAGUUUUCUCUUCAUGUUCCCAGCCGUGCAGACCCCAAGGAAAGAGGCAAUUACUGAAUUGAAUUAGUUCCUAAAGUCUGGAUCCCUAAGCACCCCCAAAAUGUUGAAUAAAUACUUGUGAAAUGCA